AAGACAGUACAGUAUGAAGAUAUCACACUUGUAAGCGAUUUCAUGGCGACGUUGGCUAGCUAAACCACAUAGUGUUAGUUAUACGGCAGGUAGCCUAGUGGUUAGAGCGUUGGACUAGUAACCUUGACUAGUAACCUAGUAAGCUUGCAAGAUCGAAACCCUGAACAAGACAGUUCCACUGUUCCUAGGCCGUCGUUGAAAAUAAGAAUUUGUUCUUAACUGAUUUGUCUACUAAAAUAAAAAUACAUUCUUAGAAACGAAACACGUAAUCGGAUCUAACGGUCGUCUCGCGCAGAACGGCGCAUGUGCAGAUCGUCAAAUCAAAGGCACUCCUUCGAUAUAAAGUUGUUUUUGACGAAAAUGAAAACGUGUCAGUUUGUCAUUUCCACGAGGUUGGCAUUGUAUUGAAUCUAGGUUGUGCCUUUUAGAUUUCGAGAAAAUUAAUAACUAAGGAAGAAUUCUCUCAUUGACUUCUCCAACCCCUGCUUGGUCUGUUUCGCAAGCGUUCACGAAAUUCUCACGAUGUGAGAAGUACCACUCUGUGGCAGUACCAUGGGUUCUAUUUCCUCGUUCCUCCUAGUCAAAUAUUUCAUUUGGUCUCUUAAAAAUUGUAGCUACCACAAACACCAAGCAGAGGCGGUGAUGUUUCUGCUGAUAUUUUCAAUGAUUGUUUCUGUUUAGUCUAAAAUGUAAUCCUGAGAUUAUUUUUAGGAGACUAAAAUUUAUAACGCGCUUGUUUCCAAUCCUUACGGUAAUGCUGAAGCGCUUCUGGUGCUUAGGUAUACGGUUGAUUUGUUAUGGAUUGAUGGAUGGAAUGGGUCUAUCCUGCUGGUUUUGCAGUCAGUUUGACAUUUUCUAGGUACCUCUAAAUUAUGUGAUGUCGUGUGAUAUCCUCGUGUUGUUAUUAUGAUGUCCCAGUUGAUGUUUUGAGAUCUCGAGGGGAGAUCUGCAUGAAGUUCGCAUUAGCUGGAAUCUUAGCUAGUAUCUGCCUGCAACUAGCUAGCUAUGAGGCCUGCUGUUUUGGGAAAUCGAUCGGACCCGCAGGACUAAACCAAACACAGACAUGGCUUCCCAGCUCCAGGUUUUCUCCUCUCCCUCAGUCUCCUCCAGCGCAUACACCCGCACCAAGAAAUUGAAGGUAGAGAACAGUGUGUGGGAUGUGAGCAGCCAGGUGGGAGACAACAACUACACUUACUACCAGCAGCAGGGCCCCAUCCAGGGAAAUGGAAACACAUCCUCCCCCUCUGCAUCAAGUUUCAACCCAGCAUACAACUCCUCCAACUCCAACCAGGGGUAUCCAUCAAUGGGGGGAGGCUCCCGGGAGCAGACAGUCGUACGGGCGGCAGACAGCACAGGCAGUGCCCGGGGACCCUCUUCCUCCUCCUCUACCAGUCACCAUGUCAAGGAUGCUGCAUCCUCCUCCCAGCCAGGGGACCUAUACCACAAGCAGUACAGUAACAGCCUGAAGAGGAAAAGUGAGGAGGUGGACAGCAGUGACAGUGUUCAGAUCCUGGAGGAGCUCUCUGCCCCUGUGCUCUCCAACCGCCCCGCUCCUGGUGGGGGGACCACCACAGCCCAGUCAAUAGCACAUUCCACCUCCACCACUAAGAGUAGUAACUCCCACAGUGAGGGAGACUACCAGCUAGUGCAGCAUGAGAUCCUGUGUUCUUUGUCUAACAGUUAUGAGGUGCUGGAAUUCCUAGGGAGAGGUACAUUUGGCCAGGUGGCUAAAUGCUGGAAGCGUGGCACCAAUGAAAUCGUGGCCAUCAAGAUAUUGAAGAAUCAUCCUUCAUAUGCCCGGCAAGGUCAAAUUGAGGUGAGUAUCCUGGGCAGACUGAGCACAGAGAACGCAGACGAGUUCAACUUUGUGCGUUCCUACGAGUGUUUCCAACACAAGAACCACACUUGUCUCGUGUUUGAGAUGUUGGAGCAGAAUCUCUAUGACUUUCUGAAGCACAGCAAGUUCAGCCCGCUGCUGCUCAAGUCCAUCCGGCCUGUGCUGCAGCAGGUGGCCACGGCCCUGUUGAAGCUGAAGAGCCUGGGUCUAAUCCAUGCUGACCUGAAGCCUGAGAACAUCAUGCUGGUGGAUCCUCUCAGACAACCCUACAGGGUGAAGGUCAUCGACUUCGGCUCCGCCAGCCACGUUUCUAAGGCAGUGUGUUCCACCUACCUACAGUCACGCUACUACCGGGCGCCAGAGAUCAUCCUGGGCCUUCCCUUCUGUGAAGCUAUAGAUAUGUGGUCUCUGGGCUGCGUCAUUGCUGAACUGUUCUUGGGUUGGCCUCUUUAUCCUGGUGCCUCAGAGUAUGAUCAGAUCCGGUACAUCUCCCAGACCCAGGGCCUGCCUGCUGAAUACCUCCUGAGUGAAGGCACCAAAUCCAGUCGCUUCUUUAACAGAGGCCCUGACUCCAGCUACCCCCUAUGGAGGCUCAAGACUCCUUCAGAGCACGAGGCGGAGCUGGGGAUAAAGUCAAAGGAGGCUCGGAAAUACAUCUUCAACUGUCUGGAUGAUAUGAUGCAGGUGAACAUGACUAGUCUGGCGGGGACUGAUAUCCAGGCAGAGAAGGCGGACCGGAGAGAGUUUAUUGACCUGCUGAAGAAGAUGCUAACGCUGGACGCAGACAAACGCAUCACCCCCAUGAAGACCCUCAACCACACCUUCGUCACCAUGACCCACCUGCUGCACUUCCCUCACAGCUCACAUGUGAAGUCGUGCUUCCAGAACAUGGACAUUUGCAAGCGAAGGGUCAGCCCUUUCGAGAGUGGAAAGAAUCUGUUUUCUAGCAGCAACACCCCCAGUGCAGCUACAAACCUCACUGUUACAUUUAGCAGCCAGCUCAACCAGCACAACCAGAUGGCGUCAACCGGUGGCCAGUCCCUGUCCCUGAGCAGCAACGUCCCUCUGCUGAACUACCAGUCGGGGCUGUAUCAGCAGGCUACUAUCAACAUCCCAGGUCUCCACCAGCAAAGUGUCCCUCUGCAGACCAGACCCACCCAGCUGUGUGGCCAGGCAGAGCCUUUCCAGCAGACUCUCAUAGUCUGCCCACCCACCAUCCAGGGCCUCCAGUCAUCCGGUAAACACUCUGGGUUCCCAGUGAGGAUGGAUAACUCUGUUCCCAUGGUGCCCCAGAACCAGUCCACUCAGCCUCUGCAUCUCCAGCCUGGAAUGCUCACACAGCAAUCCUGCAAUCCAUUGAUGGUAGCCACCCUGCAGGCCCCUGUGGCAGGAAUGGCCCCUCUGUAUUCACUGCCCCUGGGCUGUGGGGCUGGAAGGCCUGGCCUACUGGAACAGAGCCCCACCAUGCUGCAGGGCUGGCCAGCAGGUACCCAGCAGAUCCUCAUCCCCUCCACGUGGCAGCAGAUGCCAGGUAUGUCCCUCCAAAACCCCAGCCAAACCCAGACUCUGGUCCCUGACUCCCCCAUGGGAGCCCCCCUCUCUGGGGGAGACAGCUCAGGAAAACAGGCCUCACACUGGAGGGGUCGUCAUGGCAGUCAUUACCAUGGCAUCAAACAGCAGGACCAUACACUGGGGCGUCAUGCACCUGCGGCCCAGUUCCAAGCAAGAUCUCAGCAGGGGAAGAGGUCUAAGGCUCGACAUGCCGACAGUAGGGCCAGGCCUGUGUCGUCGCUGCAGACAGCCGCCCCUAUGGUCCACAACACACCACUGCCUGCCUUGAGUGGUGAUCCAAUUGUCAUCUCUGAUACUCCCAGCCCUGCUGUCAGCAUUAUCAUUAUCCAUAGUGACACAGAGGACGAGGAUGACGGGAAGUUCCCUGCUGCCAGCUCUGGUGCUAACCAGCGGGCCAACGUGAUUAGCUGUGUGACAGUCCACGACUCGCAUGACUCUGACUCGUCCACCAGCAGUCCCCUGAGCCCCAAGGGCCUGGCCAACAACUCCUCCUCGUCCCAGACCUCCCACUCCUUCUCCAAGUCUCUAGCCAUCAUCCUGCCCUUAGUGAAGACCCAGUCUGGGGAGAGCAGAGUACAAAAAACAGAUCAACCUGCUAAUGUCUCUGGUAAAUCCAAGAAGGGGACAGCUCAGCAGUCCAGCAGGGCAGGAAGGACCUCCAUUUCUGAUCGCAACCAGAGUGCCACAACUAGCAGAUCCCAACCACUCAACCUGAGUCAGGUACAGCAGUCUGUGAUGUCAUCGUCACAAGACAGAACAGGAGGCAACAACAGCUCCUUGCCCCAACAACAGACCACUUACCCUCCUCCCAUCUCCUCCAACUCCUCUUACCGGCUGCACGAGGCUGCCUCCAUCUUCAUCUCUACCCCGAACCUGUACGCCUACCCUGCCUCUGCUGCCCUGGCCUCUGUCUCCCAGGCCGUGGACCAGCUCCAUGCCGGCGGCUCUUCUCGACAUGCCCGGCCCAAUGGGCCCUACUCCUCCCUGGGGCUCCUACAUUCCCAGGGACAGUACCACCAGCAGCAGCAGCUGGCGGCCCAGCCUUACCCCGUUCCCCGAUCCAGCGCGGCAGCCUACCAGCUCAGCCAAAGAAAGCUCAGUCAGUACCCCUACCUGUGAAGAAUAGAAGCUGCCUGAGACAGAACCAUAGAAAUAUAAUCUGUGGACAGAUCAGCUCUCUAGCCCAGCGGAAGACCAAAUGGAGACCAAGAUUAGUAUAGCACUGGGACAAUGAUAUGUCAUGUUUUUUUAAAUGUGCAAUUUAUUAAGACCUUGUUUAAAAUUUUAAUAGCUUUGUUGGCAAUUUCCUGAUUUCAGAGACUGUUUUAACGUGGUAAAUAUUAGUUUUUUCCCUUUCCCCUUUUUUCCCGUUACUUAAAUUAGGCACAUUUAUGUUAACAAAAAGUAUUUAGACAUUUCUUCUAUGUAAAGCCAGUAUUACGUUUUUGAAUACCUUUUUUUUAGAAUAAUAAGCUUAUAAUAGCCUACCUGUCAAAAGCACUAACCAUUUGUGUCCUUCAUGUCAUUAUGACAAUUUAUUUCCAUUGUUAUUUUCAUCAUGUACUUCUGCUAAUCAAAUUGUAUAAUAUAAUGUACCUUUUAUUAAUUUGCUUUUAUCAUAUUUUUGUGUGUCUAUACAUUGCAAAUUACCCUGAACAGAGUUUGUCUUUGUUAUAAAUGUUUUGUGUUUAUGUUUGUUAAAAAAUACAGAUGAAAUUUAUUGACAAAAUGUCACCUUAUCUGAAACUUCUGACAUUGCCGUUUGCCAACAUGAAUCUUUUGUGUUUUUCUCCAGCCUGUCACCGAGGCGCUUGUCAAAGGCCCUUGACCUCGAAAGUGCUGCUCACAUAUUCCACACAUCACAUUAAUAAUCUCAUCACCACUUUAAGCCUAUUGAUAGGCUCCUGUCAACCUUGAAUUAAUUUGAAUCUGAUGGUGAUUCAUGAGUAUAUAAAUAGAUGUUGGAUAUAGAGUCGAUGGUUUUGGUGACAUGAUGGUCGUUCAUACAAUCAUACUAUUAUAAUGUGAAGUGCUACAUAGAACAGACAAUACACCUUAAUCAUCAUAUAGGCAAUAAAAUGGUUUUUAAGAUGUA